AUGUUAGCUGGUUCGCACGUUUCAGAGGUGAAAGAUAAAUGGAGAUGGUCUUUCAACGCUUCGGGUAUUUUCUCAACUCAGUCUUUCAAGAAUUUGUCUUAUGCUACGGAUCUGCAGAUGCGCUUUAUAUCGGCCAAGGGGUGUAGGUGGGUCCCGGCCAAAUGCAAUAUUUUCCUUUGGAGGGCGGGUUUGGACCGGUUACCGACAAGAGAAGCGUUGAAUAAAAGAAACAUUGCAGUGGAUUCUAGUUCCUGCGUCUUCUGUAAUGAGGCGAACGAAUCCGUGGAUCACCUUUUCACGGCUUGUUCUACCGCUCAUCGGGUUUGGUAUCGUUUAAGUGUGUGGAUUAAGAUGCAGCCUUUCUUCGCCUUCUCGGUGCAGGAUCUUGCUGACAUUCAUAAAAGUUAUAAUGGGGACAAAAAAGCUAAGGAAAUUGUUCGCGGAUUGAUUGUGGUGUCUUAUUGGUGCCUUUGGAAAAAUUGGAACGAGAGGAUUUUUGCCAAUGGUAGGGGUUCUGGGGACGACAUUUUCAGGGAAGUGAAAUUGCUUAGCUUUUUUUGGUUAAAGAAUAGGUCUAGUAUAUGUAAUUUGGACUGGGAGAAGUGGAGUAAAUACCCCCUGUAUAUGUUGUAA